AUGUCGGUUUCCGCCGUCGGAUCUUUCUGGCUUUCCCCAUCUCCCGGGAAGUUGCCACGGCCCAGGAUGGUCGUCCGAUCUAGCGCCGUCUCCGUCGCUCCAAUUUUGACUCAUUUACAGAAGCAGUGUGCCACUCCUUUGCCUGUUCUCCGCCACGUGGCAGACGCCAUGGCCGCUGAUAUGCGGGCCGGGCUUGCUGUCGACGGUGGUAGUGAUCUCAAGAUGAUUCUCAGCUAUGUCGAUACUUUCCCCACUGGGAAUGAGAAAGGCUUGUUUUAUGCUUUGGAUCUUGGUGGCACGAACUUCCGAGUGCUGAGGGUGCAAUUAGGGGGGAAGGAUGAGAGAGUGAUUGCCACUGAAUUUGAGCAAGUAACAAUUCCUCAAGAGUUAAUGUUUGGUACCUCGGAGGAACUUUUCGAUUUUAUUGCUUGCGGACUGGCGAAUUUUGCAAAGAAGGAGGGUGGAAAAUUUCACCUGCCGAGUGGAAGGAAAAGAGAGAUUGGCUUUACAUUUUCUUUCCCAGUCAAGCAAACAUCAAUUGACUCUGGCAUACUAAUGAAGUGGACAAAGGGUUUUGCUGUCUCUGGAACGGCAGGAAGAGAUGUGGUUGCUUGUCUAAAUGAAGCAAUGGAAAGGCAGGGACUAGAUAUGCAGGUGUCAGCCCUGGUUAAUGACACUGUAGGAACAUUGGCCGGAGCAAGAUACUGGGAUGAUGAUGUAAUGGUUGCUGUCAUUUUAGGAACUGGAACCAAUGCGUGCUAUGUAGAAAGAACAGAUGUUAUUCCUAAACUACAGGGCCAGAUGUCUUCUUCUGGAAGAACGAUUAUUAGUACUGAGUGGGGGGCAUUCUCAAAUGGUCUACCUUUAACUGAGUUUGACAGAGAUAUGGAUGCUGCUAGUAUCAAUCCUGGUGAGCAGAUAUUUGAGAAGACAAUCUCUGGUAUGUACCUUGGUGAAAUUGUAAGAAGGGUGCUACUCAAGAUGGCUGAAGCAGGUGCUUUGUUUGGCGAAUAUGUCUCAGAAAAGUUAUCCACACCUUUCAUACUCAGGACCCCAGACAUAUGUGCAAUGCAGCAGGACAAUUCUGACCAUCUGGAUGCUGUUGGAGCAAUCCUGUAUGAUGUAGCUGGGGUAAAGUCAGACCUGAGUGUCAGAAAGAUGGUCGUGGAGGUUUGUGACACCAUCGUGAAGCGAGGUGGGCGCUUGGCUGGUGCAGGCAUUGUAGGGAUUCUCCAAAAGAUGGAGGAAGAUUCAAAAGACCUCAUCUUUGGGAAGAGAACCGUGGUGGCCAUGGAUGGAGGCCUAUAUGAGAACUAUCCCCAGUAUAGAAGAUACCUCAAAGAAGCCGUGACAGAGCUUCUGGGGUUGGAGAUGUCAAAGAAUGUAGUCAUAGAACAUUCAAAAGACGGGUCUGGGAUUGGAGCUGCUCUCUUGGCUGCUUCAAACUCCAAGUAUUAAGG